UUGAGUUCACUUUUACCCUCUUCUGUAGCUUUUUGCCAAUUGCUGCAGUUUUUCUGUCUCCUCGGGUUAAGUGAGAGCUUCUUCGCUUUCUCCAUCUUCCUGCUUCUCCCUCUUUCCUCUGUCUCUGCUCUCUGGUUCCUCUCUUUGAUCUUUAAUUUUCUCUAAUAGCGGCUGAUUGCAUUGAAAGAGAAAACCCUUCUUUUUGUUCUAUUUGUUUGUACAGGGAUGUAGCCUCCUCUGCUGCGUCGACAGACAUGGCCGAGGGCGAGGACGGCGAAGAGAGGGCAUGGGAGGAGCUCUUCCCUGAUGCUCUGGGCCUCAUCUUCCGCAACCUCUCUCUUCAGGAAAUCCUCACCGUCAUUCCCAGGGUAUGCAAAUCUUGGGGGCGAGCGGUGUCGGGGCCCUACUGCUGGCAGGAGAUCGACAUCGAGGAAUGGAGCCAGCGGUGCAAGCCGGAGCAACUGGACCAAAUGCUUCACAUGCUGAUUGCUCGAAGCUCUGGCUCCGUCCGCAGGCUCAGCGUCUCUGGCCUCCACACCGAAUCCAUGUUCUCCUUCAUCGCAGACCAUGCUGGAUCUCUUCAGAGGUUGGAGCUUCCAAGAAGUGAAAUAAGUGACUCGAUUGUAGAAAUCAUUGCUCCAAGACUAUCAAAUAUAACUUUCUUGGAUGUCAGCUACUGCAGAAAGAUAGGUGCCCGUGCCAUUGAAGCAUUUGGAAAGCACUGCAAAUCUCUCGUUUCCCUGCGGCGUAGGAUGCAUCCAUUAGAGGUUGCGGACAAGGUCUGUCAAGACGAUGAGGCAUAUGCCAUUGCCAGAUCGAUGCCCAAGUUGCACCACUUGGAGACGGCAUACCUGCUUUUGACAACACGAGGAGUACUCGAGAUCCUCUCACAGUGCAGGGAUCUUGAGUACUUGGAUCUAAGGGGCUGUUGGGAAGUGAAGCUAGAUGAUAAGUACUUGAAGGAGUGGCAUUCUGGUUUGAAGGUAUUAGGGCCAGACAUUAUAGACUGCUACGAGCAGAAUUGCUGGGACGAGUGCUCAGACUACUCAGAUUCUUCAGUAUACUCUUGGGAGUUCAUGGAAGACGGGGAAGAUGUCUACGAGGGGGUAAGUGAUAAUGAUAGCAUUUGGGAGGCUGAGCAAGGAUUGGAGGGUUUGGAAGUAAGGUUCUAUGGAGGUGGCUUUACCGAUGCAGUCACUGGGUUCGAUUGGCCUCCCUCUCCAUGAGCAUAAUUAUUGGUCACCGGGUUCGAUUGGAACAACCGCCACUUUUGGGCUUCUCCAAAAUGACUGAAAUCUGCGACAUCCAUCAGAUCCUUGUUUUGAAUGUUAAAAGAUAUGCAUGUAGAGGCAAACAUGAGUUGUCUAUAUGACCAUGUCAGUCUCUUCUUCUUACUCAUAAGGAGCUAUAUAGUAUGAAAGUAGCUGUGCCGCUGAAUGAAAAUAUUCAUAAAGAUGAUUCUAGCUUAUCUGAUGGACUAAGUCGCCUGCAUCAAGCUGUGACAAUAAUUUGGAUUUUUUUUUUCUUUUUUCUGAAAGCCACAUAACCUGUCUUGAACAAAAUAUCUGUUCAUCCUUACCAUCUGUUUAUUCUGGGUGUAGAGCAGUUAAGACAUUGAGGUCUGUUGCUUGAAUAGCUCUUUUUUGUGGUUCAGAUCUAGAUAAAGUUGCAGUCAAAUUCAGUA